AUGGCACCUCUGACCCCCUACACCUACAUCCGCUGCCCCUGCUCCGAGACUCACCAGUCCAGCGAGGACGGGUCGUCAACGCCGGGAAGCCCAGAGGACGAUGAGCGGACAUUCGACCCGCGCGCCCCGCGCGCCAACUUCAGUCUUUAUCCUUUGGAGCAUCUGAUGUACUGCGAAGACUGUCACCAAAUUCGGUGCCCGCGAUGCGUCAAUGAGGAGAUUGUCACCUACUACUGCCCCAAUUGCUUGUUUGAGGUCCCAAGCAGCAACCUCAAAAGCGAAGGCAACAGGUGCACACGAAGCUGCUUCCAAUGUCCCGUCUGCGUUGGUCCCCUCGCUGUUACGGCUCUCGAUACUCCGCCCGAGAGCAACCUUCUCACGGCUGAUGGAACGGCUCCUCAGGGCGCUUCCUACGUGCUGUCAUGUUCAUACUGUAACUGGAGCUCAACCGAAAUUGGAGUCAAAUUCGACCGACCCAAUGGCAUCCACGGGCAGUUGGCCAAGCUGCAGAAUGGAGGCCAGCCCAAGCUGACUCCCAAGGAGCACAAGGAGAGGAAAAAGGAGAGCAAUGGGGAAUACCACUUGAACCCGGAGGACAUGGAUGCCGAACUGCAGUUUGCGCAGCUCAAGUCCUUCUACCAGAACCAGAUGGCCGGCUCGAACCCCUCAGCGGGUGGGCUAUCAUCACUAGGUGAUCUAGGCCUCAACUCGCCUGGCUCACUCUCACGCAUCAUGAGUCUAUACACUGGGAACAACUUUGGCAAUAAACAGGCUCGCGGUAAGGUGCAGAUCAUGAGGGAGGCCGUCAGUCCUGACGAGGGCUUGAAGACCACCGACCUAGACGAGUCGAAAGAGAUUGAGAAACUCAGACAUACGCAUCCCGACGACACAACGACUCUAGCCCAGAAUUGCCUACAGCAAGACCACGUACGCUUCCGUGACCAGCUCCGGCCCAUCCCCUAUCUCCUCAGAACCAAGCGAUCCAAGAGAUGCCCGCUGUGCAGACACAUCAUCAGCAAGCCGGAAGCAAAGAUCUCCAACACCCGGUUCCGCAUCCGCCUCGUGGCCGGCAGCUACAUCCCCACAAUCACCAUCCGACCGCUGCAGUCGGAGGUCCAGAACCUCCCCUCGACCGCUCGGCCGCCGAUACCCCAGGAACUGUGGCUUACGCCACUCAAGCCCGUGCAGUAUCUCCUGACCUUCAAGAACCCCAUCUUCGAGACGGUCAAGGUGUCGCUGGCCACCCCGUCAAGCACGCCUGGGCGGUUCGCCAGCACCGUGACGGUGCUUUGCCCGCAAUUCGAGAUUGAUGCCAACACGGACAUGUGGGACGAUGCCCUCAAGGAUGACGGCGAUAAGGAGCGCAGGAGAGGGGAAGAGGGCGGGAUGCAGCAGGCUGAGGUGGGCAAGAUUUACGAGCGCGGCCGCAACUGGGUGAGCAUCGUGCUGGAGGUCGUGCCGGCUUCGUUGAGGCUUGAGCAGCAGCCAGGUGGUGAUAGUGCUUUGCGGGAGGACGAGGAUGUGUUGGAGAUACCCAUGUUUGUGCGCAUCGAGUGGGAGACGGAAGCUCAAGGCGACGUCGGUACUGCGACAAGCAGGGAGAAGGAGGCGAGGGAAAAGAGGGAGCUGGCCUACUGGUGUGUCUUGGGAGUUGGACGCAUCAACCAGGACUAG